UUAUUGUGUCAUGUCACGGUAUGUUGUGGUAAUUUUUUCACUUUUCAGUAAUUUUAUCCCACGAUCUACGAAAGUUUUGAAAAUUAACAAGGCGGAAAGUGUUGAAUAAAAAGAAAAUUUGACGAAUUUAGUGAAUUCAUCUUUAUUCUCUUAGCCGGUCAUCAUGCAUUGGUUUGGAGGAAGUAUAGCCGAAGCGGUUACACUUUCAAAACAGAAGAAUGCAAUUUUUGUUGUUUUCGUAGAAGGCGACAAUGAUUUGUCAAAGGAGUUAGCGGACACAAUUGACAAUGAGCUGGUGUUGUCUUGUCUGGACAACCCUGACAAGUUCCUGGCUAUUAAACUCAAGAGUGGGACAGACAACUACACCUAUUUUGCACAAAUAUAUCAAUUUGUGCCAGUCCCAUCUUUGUUUUUCAUUGGCCGUAACGGAACUCCUCUAGAGGUGGUCUGUGCAGGCAUUGAAGCACAGAAUUUAGCCUCUCGGAUUGAUCUCAUCAUACAAGAACAUUGUAAAGAAGGUACAAUACCAUCAGCAAAGCCAUCAACAUCUGCACAGAGUGUGAAGGAACAAACACAGAGCCUCCUGCAGUCAGAGGCCAAUGUAAAUGGACCAAAGCCAAGUAACUCUGCUGCACCAGUCAGUGAAAGCUUAAAGAAGCCAAGUACAGAAGACAAAGUUGGACCAGCAGCAAAAAUGCAAAAGACUGAUGAUAAACCACAGGAGUAUGAAGUUGUCUGUGAUGGUGAUGUGUGUGUUCGUAAACCCAAAGACGACCAGGCAGGGACCAGUCAGGACACCAAAACACAGCCUCCUCAAACGCAAGAACCAGCAACCGAGGAAUCUGCGGCCAGCAUAGAAGAAAAGGCGCAACGAGCUAAGGAGCUAAUAGAGAUAAAGAAGCGGGAAAAGGCGGAAAAGGAGAAGGAGCUGGAGAGGCAGAAGGAGCUGGAGCGGCGGUCGGUGGGUCAGGGCGUCGCCGAGCUCAAGCGCUGGCAGGCCGAGCAGGAGCUCAAACAGUUGCAGGAGGAGCGCAAGCGCGAGAAAAUGGAGAACGCCCUCGCCCGGCAGCGGAUACUCGACCAGAUAGCGCAGGACCGUGCCGAGCGACGCGCGCGCGAGGCACGCGACGCGCCGCAGACUCCGCCGCAGCCGCAGCACAGAGUAGACGCCGGUGGCGCUGUUGGCGCGGGGGCGGGGUCGGGGGCGGCGACGUCGCGGCUGCAGCUCAAGCUCCCGGACGGCGGGGCGCACUCUGUGCAGUUCCCCGCGACCGCCACGCUCGCAGACGUGCGCCGGUACAUCGCCGACAACCUGCAGCUGCCGUCGUCACAGUUCUCUCUGUGGACGGCGUUCCCGCGGCGCGAGCUGACGGAUGGCGACGCGACGCUGUCGGCGCUCGGCCUGGCGCCCUCCGCCGCGCUGCUGCUGCUGCCGCGCGCGCAGCCCCUAGCACGCCCCGCCCCCUCCCCCGCUGGCCUUAUAGCGUUCCUCACGCAACUGUUCACGACAAUGAUCCUGGACCCCACGUACCGGGUGUACAACUGGCUGCGUGACCAGCUGUUCCCGCGCGCGGGCGGGACAGGGAGCGGGGCAGCGGGCGAGAGGGGCGGGGCGGCGGGUGGUGCGGGUGAGAGGGGCGGGGCGGGCGCGGGGGGCGUGCGGCGGCGCGGCAACGUGCACCGGCUAGCGGGCGACCGCGAUGAUGACGAGAACAACACGUGGAACGGCAACUCCACGCAGCAGAUGUAGCGGCCGCGGGCGAGGGUGAGCUGUGUUCCUGAAAGCAAAGAGGCAGGAGGCGUAAAUUCCACGACUACACUUAAUUAUUCAAAAGUCAAAAUAUUAUUAUGUCGUUAGUAUUUAUCAUCACUAUAAUAACGAGGUGCAAGAAUCCUUCGUAUCGGUGUAUAUUUGUAAUAAAAAUAAUUAUGUAUGAUAACUAUUAAAUUAUAAAAGAGUUCAACUAUGAUGCCAAUGGUCUUCGGAAAUCGUUAUCAUCUAAAGGUGCUCCCUCACCGCGAGCAUUCAGUGUAAUGUAACAUUUUAGAUUCGAUUUUGAGCAUUACAUUACAAUACUACCUCCCCGACUGUCGAGCACUCGCGUAUAAUGUAACAUUAUGACUUUGAACAUUCCAUAGCAAGCUGACUUCACUGUCACGUAGCAUAGAUGUUACACGUUGUAUCAUUACAACGUGCGCAUUGUAAUGCUCGGUUCUUAUCCCUCACUGAUGUAACGCUCGACUCUGUAACGUUACAUUACAAGCGAAUGCUCCCGGUGAGGGAGCGCCUUAAGGUUGCCGAGAACCAUUGGGAAAAUGGCCGAACUUGAUCAUAUUCUGUGACAUAUCGGUGUGACAAUGUACACAUUAUAAUGUGUUUUUUAUUAACUGUGAUCAAAUUCCAAUAAGUCACGAUUUAAUUUUAAAUACCCGUGAAUGUUAUUUCGACUUCAGUUGUCUAGUAUUGUUACAAAUUGGUAUUAUUUAUUGUCAAUAAAUAUUUGAAAAUUA